GUUACGACGUAGCGUGGCCGGAGCCUCUGAUGAGCCCGACGGUCCCAGGAAGCAACGCUGCUAAUUUCGUAUUUUAUAGCGAUAAAGAAGGAGGGAAGCGAUGCAUCUGAGGUCAGGGAUAUCACAUGAAGACAUUAAAAUAUUUUCAAAUUAUUUCAGAUUAGAUUGCUGUCAACGUCAGAGGACUUUUGUUAUGAUUUGGCGUUGAUAUCGGCGAUGUUUACUGUGCAGCCUGAUAAGUUCCUCUAAACGGUCGCCAAUAUCUGGAGCCUCAAGGCUUCGACUGCCUAAAUAUUAGGCAGGAAAAAACACAUAUAUUUUUUUCAUCUGGGUCGUGAGCUGGCGACGAGCCAAUAAUUGACUCUGGAGCAGGACACGGAGGAUAGUAUGGCCAUGACGGGAGGGACUGCAGCUGCCCUUCCCAUGAGCAACCACACCCGAGAGAGGGUGACUGUGGCCAAGCUGACACUGGAAAACUUCUACAGCACUCUGCUCACCCAGCAUGAGGAGCGUGAGAUGAGGCAGAAGAAGCUGGAGAAGGCCAUGGAUGAAGAGGGUUUGCCAGAUGAGGAGAAAGUAAUGCGCCGCUCGCAGCAUGCCCGUAAGGAGACUGAGUUUUUGCGACUGAAGAGGACACGACUUGGCUUGGAUGACUUCGAGUCCCUUAAAGUUAUUGGACGAGGUGCUUUUGGCGAGGUCCGUUUGGUGCAGAAAAAGGACACAGGGCACAUUUAUGCCAUGAAGAUUUUAAGAAAAGCAGACAUGCUGGAGAAGGAACAGGUUGCUCAUAUCCGGGCAGAGAGGGAUAUUCUGGUGGAGGCGGACGGCUGGGUGGUCAAGAUGUUCUACAGCUUCCAGGACAAGAGGAACCUCUACCUCAUCAUGGAGUUCCUGCCUGGAGGCGACAUGAUGACCCUGCUGAUGAAGAAAGACACUCUGUCUGAAGAGGCCACACAGUUCUACAUCGCAGAGACAGUUCUGGCCAUCGACUCCAUCCACCAGCUGGGCUUCAUCCACAGAGACAUCAAACCAGACAACCUGCUGCUGGACUCCAGGGGACAUGUGAAACUGUCAGAUUUUGGCUUGUGUACGGGUCUGAAGAAGGCUCAUCGCACAGAAUUUUAUAGGAACCUGACGCACAACCCGCCAAGUGACUUCUCCUUUCAAAAUAUGAACUCCAAGAGGAAAGCGGAAACCUGGAAGAAGAACCGGAGACAGCUUGCUUAUUCUACUGUUGGAACGCCAGACUACAUCGCUCCAGAGGUCUUCAUGCAGACGGGAUACAACAAGCUGUGCGAUUGGUGGUCUCUGGGCGUCAUCAUGUAUGAAAUGCUCAUCGGUUAUCCACCCUUCUGCUCCGAGACGCCGCAGGAGACAUACAGAAAGGUGAUGAAUUGGAAGGAAACCCUCGUCUUCCCACCUGAAGUUCCCAUCUCUGAGAGGGCCAAAGACUUAAUAUUAAGGUAUUGCACUGAUGCUGAGAACAGGAUUGGAGCUGUGAGUGUGGAGGAGAUCAAGAGUCAUCAGUUUUUUGAGUCGGUGGACUGGGAGCACAUCAGGGAGCGGCCAGCAGCCAUCUCCAUUGAAAUCAAGAGUAUCGACGACACCUCAAACUUUGACGACUUCCCUGAAUCAGACAUCCUUCAGCCAGCCAGUGCAACGGAGCCAGACUUCAAGUCGAAGGACUGGGUGUUCCUCAACUACACAUACAAACGCUUUGAGGGUCUGACUCAGCGAGGCACCAUCCCCACAUACAUGAAGGCAGGGAAGGCCUGAAACGUUGUUGUGGAGAAAAAAAAAAAGACGUUUUACGGACACAGGGUCGGGUCGUGGAGCCCCGCUGGUGCUGAAGGCUGCGCUGUCAGCAUCUCAGUAUAAAUGUAACCCUUACCACAAGUUAUUUAGGUUUGCUCAGCCGGCGCAAGAACGGCAAGAGCUCGGAAUAUUAAGGAGUGUUACCGCAUUACCUCGGUUGUUUAUAUCGUAUACAUGUGCCGUCUUUAGCCAUAGCUCUCAGACCAGCUCAAUAACUAGGACACUAAAUCAGCAUAUCUGCAUGUUCAGCGGCAUACUGCUUCUGGAAAGGAUUUUUUUUUACCACCUAAAAGUGAAUGAGGAUGGAAUACAAAUCACUGCUUCCGACAUCUUCACAGCGAUAGUUUCUACACUGGUGGCUGAAUUAGCUCUGAUGCAAACAGAAUUUCUAAUACUGAAGACAAGCUCUAUACACUGUAGAUUAGUGAGUUAGGACAGGUGCCCCUCACCUGUUCUCACCCAUACUGUUUUAAAGGAAAGUUCCAGCAUGAUUUCAAGGGUUUUGGCUCACUCUCUGCUUUGUAUUUAGGAAUUACUCCCACUGUCAAAGACAGCACCCAUUUAAAAGCUUAAAAAAUCUUUCAUUUUAUUUCUAAGCUUGUCAACACAUUUUUAAACAUGUCCACCACUUUGGUCUCAAUCUCAACAACUACUGGAGGAUUGCCAUGACAUUUGGGACAGUACACA